UAUAAAGAUGGCAGCACCAGAAAUAAACACAGAUCGAUUACCAUGCCAUCUUUAAUUAAAAAUUAUUUCUCUCAACCUUUGCAUUUGAGAAUCUCAUACCCUCCCGGCCUACUACAGUAUAGUCUUGCGUCAAUACUAUCGACCCCCACCCCAUCUACUUCGAAUUCACCAACACAACAUGAGGAGGUGUGUAUAUGUGGGAGGAGCUCAGAAGGGCUUGUAGCUCUACUAAGUACAAUCCUAACUAAUUGCAACGAGGAAGAAGAAAGGAUGAUGCCUUCGUUCGGAUCAUGCUUCAUCGCCUUUCAAGUUUUAAACGACAUUAGCACUGGUGAUCCACUCGAUUACGCUGGCUACCAAAACGGUUCGUUUUGGUAACAAAAUGUCGGAAGAUCCGGAAGGUACGAUUUUCUCGUUUCCUUAUUUUACACGUUGUAGGCAGAAUUACCACGACAUGUUCUAACACAAACGUGUAUCAGUAUCAUAUGUUUAAGGAAUUGUACAUAUUUGCGAACAAAUAGUUCAGAAGAUAACAGAAUCGUCGAUUUACUUCCUCACUUAAGUUACAUAAACGGUUUGGGUUAAAAGUGCAGAUCUUAACUGUUUUUCGAAAAACCGUUUAUGUAACUUAAGUGAGGAAGUAAAUCGACGAUUCUGUUGUCCUCUGAGCUAU